AAGAACAGUAGGUGUUAGAAUUGACGAAAGCACAGUUUCAAGAAUUUUAAAAACUGGCAAAAAACAACUUAACUCUGAUGUUUUCAACUCUAACACAAAACACCAUAGAUCUGUCACUGUUUCAGAGGUUGAGCUUGCACUAAAGGAGUUUGUUUUAAAUUAUCAGUACAAAACAAUCCUAAGUGAUGCUAUGUUGGUUAAGAAAGCAAAGUUGCUUGCUGCUGGCAUUCGGCAAAUAAAACUCCAAGGUAAAGCUGCAUCUGCAGACAAUGCCACUAUCCUUAAUGCUUUACUAUUGAUACAAUUUAAAUGUGCUGGUUAUCCCCUUGAUAGAAUAUAUAAUAUAGAUAAAACUGGGCUUUUUUAUCGAUUGGAACCAGAUCGUACGUUGGCAACCCAUCGUAUUGCUAGACACAAAGUGGAUAGAGAACGUAUUUUAAUUGCACUAUAUGCAAAUGCAGACGGCUCACACAAACUAAACCCGUUAAUUGAUGAUCUUGCUACAAUGAUUGAAAAUCUUUAUUUUUCGGAUCCUAUGCAAGUUGAGGAGUUUCUAUCUAUCCUUAAUGAAAAUAUUGCCUAUGAAAUUCCUGAUGAUGAUCAUGCUAUUUCAGAGCUUAUAGAAAUUUUUAAGAAAAGUAAUGAUAUUGAAGAUUCAGAUGUUAUAGAUAUAGAUGAAACGGAUAAUAGCCUGGAGAUUCCUAUGAUCAGUGCCGAUUCCACUCUUGAAGGUUUGGAAACUACUUAUAUGUAUCUGUUACAGCAAGAUAAUAUAAGCGAGCAAUUAAAAUUA